UGUAGCAGCGCCGCGACUCUGCCAACGAUGAAACAAACCGGAGCCACAGGAAGGACCGUGUCUGUUACCUAUGAGCAGAACUGUCCUGUUUCAGUCGCUCGUCUUUUAUUUGUUGCUCUUGAAGACCAUAACCAUGUCAGAAGAGGAACUUCUGUCAGUGGACUAUGAAGUCUAUGGGAGAGUCCAGGGUGUAUUCUUUAGAAAAUAUACCCAGUCAGAAGGGAAGAAGCUUGGCCUGGUUGGAUGGGUGCAGAAUACUCAAGCUGGAACUGUGCAAGGGCAGCUCCAAGGACCCACCUUAAAAGUGAGAAAGAUGCAGGAGUGGCUCAGAAGCACUGGGAGUCCUCAGUCACGAAUAUUAAAAGCAGAGUUCAAUAAUGAGAAGACAAUUGAUAAAUUGGAUUUCAAGGACUUCAGAGUGGUUCACUAAUAAAUGCAGUAAAUGUAUUACAUUCUGCUGCCACUGCUUCUAAGUUAUUAAUAGUUUUUUAAGUUAUUUCUCUGUUGCACUGAAAGUACACUCCAAUGCAGAGGUAAACCUAUAUCCUCUAAUAAAUACACCUGACAGUAAAAAUGA